AUGGCGACCAUUACUGGAUUGCGUGUCAUUGUCGCUGGGGCGGCCACUGGUGUUGGUGCCGGCACAGCGAAACUGCUCGCCGCCCGUGGGGCCAAGGUUGUCGUAGCCGACAUUAACAUUGCUGCAGCAAAGGAUGUUGGUGCCGAGAUCAACAAUUCUGGAGGCAGUGCCACCGUCAUCGAGUUCGAUCUUGCGGAUGAGCAGUCCAUCAAGAAUCUCAUCGAGAAGGGCACUGAGUGGCUGGGUGGGCUUGACAGCCUGCUGAACAUCGGGGCCGAUCUCAGCCCCAAGACUUUGGGCAACGACCGAGCGGUGCACGACAUGGACGCUGAAAUCUGGCAUCGGACAUUCCAAGUCAACACCACGGGUUACGCCUUGACGACGAAAUAUGCUCUUCCUCACCUGAAGCAGGCCAGUGGCGGUACCAUCAUCAAUAUUUCCAGUAUGGGUGGGCACUACUUGGGUACUCCAGAGCCACUCCGAGUGGCCUACGCUGCUUCGAAAGCGGCCGUGCAUGCCUUGACACGUCAUACAGCCACAACAUAUGGCAAGGACAAUGUCAGGUGCAACACUGUUGCCCUGGGGCCUAUCUUGACUGAGACUCUCCAGAAGUCCAUCAACGCAAGCCCUGCCAUGCAAGAGGGCUUAAAGAAGCAAAUGAUGACCAACACGAUUACGGGAGAUGUUUCUACUGCCACUGUGACGGUCACGAUCACCGCUGGAACCAAGACUAUCUACCAGAAGAAGAAGCGCAAUAACCGUCCUGCAUGCCCACCUGCUCUGCGUCUCUUUGCCGAGAGUCGUAUCUCAAGUGCUUGCAGCUGUAUCGCCCAACCUAUCACUAGGACCGUCACCGCCACUGCCAAGACGGUUCAGAUCACCAGCCAAACACAAGUCACCCAGACGGUCGCCGGAGAUGCAAUUACGCAAACCGUUACCACUACGGUCACCCCCAUUCUGGUCAAGCCCAAGAUCUGUAAUGAGAGAGGUCUCCCAGGACCAAACGCUUUCAACUAUGAUGCGAACUUCAAUGACUGCAUCGCUUCAUGCAAGACGGACAAUAGGAAAUACGACAAGUCUGUCACGGAUUCGGCGGACCUUGGUCCUGGAUAUUACAACUUCAACGACAAAGCUUGUUAA